GUGGGACAGAUACGUUGUUGUGAAAAAAGCCAAGCGAAUAUUUUAAUAUUUUUAGACCAAUAAUUUUAUUAACAAAUUUAGCCGAUUUUGUAUAAGAUUUUUUUUGUAUUGAAACCUACACAAUAACUACAACUAAUAUUUACACUUUUGGCAAUAUUACUUUAAGAAAUUGUGAAAAAUCCAGCGAAAAUUUCUCUACAAGAACUGUGCAGCAAUAGGAAUGGAAAUAUGUGACGCCCUUUAUAAGUGUGUUACUGAUUGAAGUUUAUCGCUAAACCCAGAAUCACUUCUCACUGAUUACGAGUCUAUUAAGAUUUAAAAUUUUCUUUUUCAAUUAAACGGGUUAAGAUAAGUCGAUAGAAAUCUCGCAGUUGCACAAAAAUAAAUCGGAGUUUUUGUAUCCGAAAUAGCAAUGUAUCAAAAUAAAAUGGAUCAGUUGUGUAUAAAAAAUGAAAUAAAAUACCUUUGUGUACAUACGAUAUAGACGACCAAGGGAGCGAACGUACGAACGAAUCCACAGCAGCCCAACGUAUACACAGUGUAUAUUCCACACACCCAACCGUACACAUCCGCUGGAAUGUGUUUGCGUGUGUUCCAUUGAAAGGCGAUUAAGGCAAGGCAUACUUUUGGGAGCGGUAUUUCCUGUUAAUGUAUGUCUGCCUGUGUGCCAAUGAAUGUCUGCCCCGUUGCGUUAGGCGCGAGACACCACCGCAAGCAGCAAGAGCAAGCAGAGUGAAGGUGCUAGUAGCAGCGCAGUAACAUAGUGUUCAGCAUUCUCCAUUAUGAACUAAUCCACGAUUCACUUGAAAACACAAUGACUUCAUUCAUAAGCUUGGCACUGGCUGCUCAUGGACCCCCAAGCAUUUUGGAGCCUCUGGCGCCAUCCUUCCGAACGACUACGACUACAACGACGACUACGACUACGACUACGACACAAUCACCAUCCCAACAUGUCACUAUCAUGUCAGAUAUCCUAGAUAACAUCACCGCUGUAGUUCUGCUUGGGAAUGAAUCGGUUACAGGACUUCCAUCGAAUCUCACAAAUAUUAUGGAGUCUCGAGGUCCACGUUACUCGUUAUCAUCGAUGAUCCUAAUGGGUGUCAUAGCUGGCAUUCUUAGUUUGUUGACAGUUGUCGGAAAUGUCAUGGUCAUGAUUUCCUUCAAAAUUGACAAGCAACUCCAAACGAUAAGCAAUUACUUCCUGUUCUCUUUAGCCAUUGCUGAUUUUGCAAUUGGUCUCAUAUCUAUGCCACUGUUUGCUGCCUCCACAAUAGUCGGUUACUGGCCAUUGGGACCCCACAUUUGUGAUACAUGGCUGGCCUUGGACUACUUGGCUUCAAAUGCGUCUGUGCUUAAUCUUCUGAUCAUCAGCUUCGAUCGGUAUUUUAGUGUUACAAGACCACUUACCUAUCGGGCUAAGAGAACGACCAAUAGAGCCGCCUGUAUGAUUGCCGCUGCAUGGGGAAUAAGUUUAAUACUGUGGCCACCUUGGAUAUACAGCUGGCCGUAUAUUGAGGGUAAACGUACCGUACCACAAGACGAAUGCUACAUCCAGUUUAUUGAAACAAAUCAAUACAUUACAUUUUUAACCGCAUUAGCGGCCUUUUAUUUCCCCGUAACUAUUAUGUGCUUCCUUUACUACCGUAUUUGGAAAGAGACAAAAAAGCGGCAAAAGGAUUUGCCUAAUUUACAAGCCGGAAAGAAAGAUUCAUCCAAACGCUCCAAUUCAAGUGAUGAAAAUGCCGCUAUUAAUCAUACUGGGGGUAUGCUGUCCAUAUCUCAACUCGGAGGUGUGGGUGGUGAGCACGAUAUUUGGAGGCGUCCUAGAUCUGAGUCAUCAGCUGAUGCAGAAAGUGUCUAUAUGCCCAACAUGAUAAUUGACUCUAGUUACCAAGGCAUGCAUUCCAGGAAAUCAAGUAUUAAAAGCAUUCAUAAACCGAAGAGUACAUAUCCUUGCCUAGGUAGCAUAAAGGAGUGGUGCAUUGCGUGGUGGCAUUCAGGACGUGAAGAUUCCGACGAAUAUCAAUAUGAACAUGAAGAACCAUCAGACAUGGGAUAUGCUUCCAAUAUGAUGCGUGAUACUUAUUCCCUUGGCGGAAGUGUGAGUGGCGUUCGCCCACCGAGUAUUUUGCUACCAGACGUCUCACCGAUUCCAAUAAGGCCACCACUAACGCCAAUGUCACAAAUACAUGAUAUAAACUCCGUAACUGGAACUCGUGAAGCAAGAUCAACAUCAAACAACAAUAAAAUGUCAACUCGAUCGGUUAGCCAGGAAUCUGUUUACACGAUUUUGAUACGGCUACCACCAGAUGCAGCGAGUGCUACCAAUGGCAUUGAAAUGGCACCCUCGAUUAAGAUGAUACAUGAUGAUUCACCUAUUGUUCCCACUAACCUACUUCCGCGUAGGACAUUACCAUCGAGAGACUCAGAAUACAGCCUACCUUUGGGUCGUCGAAUGUCUCACAUAACACCAGAUGUUCGAAUUCCGCUUAAUGCAAAAAUUAUUCCCAAACAACUGGGCAAGACGCCACAAGCCAUAUCUAGAAAUGCUGGCAAGAAAAAAAAGAAGUCACAAGAAAAACGGCAAGAAUCAAAAGCAGCGAAGACCCUUUCAGCUAUACUUUUAAGUUUUAUAAUUACAUGGACCCCCUAUAAUAUUUUAGUUUUAAUUAAACCAUUAACUACCUGUUCAGAUUGUAUACCCAAUGAACUUUGGGAAUUCUUUUACGCCCUGUGCUACAUUAAUUCAACUAUAAAUCCCGUUUGCUACGCUCUUUGCAACGCAUCGUUUAGAAGGACAUAUAUACGCAUCCUCACCUGUAAAUGGCACACACGAAAUCGAGAGGGAAUGGUCCGGGGAGUUUACAAUUAAAGACGCUGCAACUAUUAUGAACAAAUAUGUACGUACUACCGACAUCAAACUUAGGCAAAGAGAAAAUAAGGAUGAACCGUGCGCACUGUCACAUUAAGAACACCCUAUCAGGUUCAUGGGCACUACAAUCAUAUUCAUUAUGCCAUUAAUGACUGCAUAAGAUGACUCACUACAGACCAUUGCAAAUCAAUAAAGCCCAAUGCACACGACGGAGCGCUUGCCCUAAGCUUAGAGUUAAACUCGUGGGGAAAAAGUCUUCGACCAUUAAAAUUCAUUAAAUAAAACCAACGGAACUCGACGAUAAAUAAACACCGAGUAUAUCCAAGCGCGCCUCCACAAACGUCAUCCAACAAUCUUAUUUACGACUGAUACACAAUAUUUCUAAACGCUCAAGAACUUGAAUGCGCGAUUAAACUAAGCGAAACUGCUUCUAAAGUAUUCACGUCUUCGAUUCAGAAGAAAAGGAACUUAAAUACUGAAACUUUUAAAAACAAAAUAAAAUAUAAAAUUAGUAAAAGCAAGAAAAGCCA